GAGGCAACAUCAGAGAACUGUCACAAUGUCUCUUAUUUUACACUGAAUAGAAUUUGGUCCUCGCAAAGCAAAUAUUUGUAAUAUUUUACUGCAUUUCAAUCGGUGCAAUCAUAUUUACUUGGUAACACUUGGCAGUGAUUGAAACAUCUCAAAAUUCCUCGAUGGCAUACCAAACGCUGCGGCAAGAAUACUUCCAGAUUCCGGUUGUAACACGGGCUUACACUACGGCAUGUGUUAUAACAACAUUAUCUGUACAUCUGGAGAUCGUAACGCCCUUCCAGCUGUACUUCAACCCCACACUUAUAUUAGAACACUACCAGCUAUGGCGACUGGGCACCACGUUCCUGUUUUUUGGCACAUUCGGGUUUAACUUCCUUUUCAACAUGAUCUUCACAUACAGGUACUGCCGAAUGCUAGAGGAAGGGUCCUUCCGGGGAAGAAGUGCAGAUUUUAUAAUGAUGUUUUUCUUCGGUGGCAUCCUUAUGAUUAUAUUUGCAUUCUUCGUUAACCUUUUAUUCUUAGGACAAGCAUUUACAAUCAUGUUGGUAUACGUCUGGUCGCGAAGGAAUCCGUUCAUUCGCAUGAACUUUUUCGGGAUCUUAAACUUCCAGGCUCCAUAUCUACCGUGGGUGCUGCUAGGAUUCUCCGUACUUAUUGGCAACACAAUCUGGGUAGACUUAAUGGGAAUAGUAGUCGGACACAUUUAUUAUUUCUUGGAAGACGUGUUUCCAGAUCAAAUCAAUGGAUUCCAUGUCAUAAAAACGCCCCAGUUUUUGAAAAACAUGUUCGACGAACCGAUUGAGGACGCCGAUUACACAGCUCUGCCGGAAGACCGCCCGGGCGGCUUCAACUGGGGACGAGAAGUGGAAAACAAUGCCAACAAUGAAGCACAAAACAACGAACGGCGGGAUGGAAUGUGAAUUGGCACAAUGGCAAAACGUGUACGCUAAUCCCAGCCAUGGACUAUGCACUCAUCGUGCACAUAGAAACGCUCAUCAAUGAAAAGGUGACAACGGAACCAUGGUGGACAAAACUAGAAGUUUAUUGUUUUUUGAUUUUUUAAUCUAUUAGAAUAAAGUAUAUUCGACUGUAUUCAAUAUA